AUGCAAUUACUGCGUGGCGAUCGUGGAGAUACCAGCAGCACUUCUUCCAGGAGCUAUGGAGGUUUUGGACCUUCAGAGCCCCGGCUCUUCGAGUUCAACGAGCGGGGUCGCUCUGUAGCGCCCAAAUGUAUCGAGAUGUCCAAGCAGCACCCUGAGGACUUCCUCAAUUACCUCCAGCAGGCAUGGAAGCGUGACAAGAUUUACAUCAAAGAGAACCCAGAGUCCAUGUUUGAUAUAAAGGCCAUCAGAGUCCUCUGCCAAGACGGAAAAUUCAGACCCCUCGGAAACUCGUAUAUCCCGCUGCCCAAGCUGCAUUACCUCCGGAAUCGAUAUAUGCUCGAAGGAGAACCCUUCCCUUUCCUCAGACUGGAUCCACCCAUACGCUCCGAAGGAGGAUUUGGUCAGUGGAGAUGUCUCAGGGCCUUUGCCAAGUACCAUGACGACCUGGAUUUCUUUCUCGAGAUGUUGAUACGAGUACGACGAUCAAAAGCAUCAACCGUCGAGUUCCCCCGUCGAAUAUUGGAGCUAUACCUUCGGAUACAAGCAGAGUGUGAAGACUCAAAAGAUCCAGACGCCAGCGCCCACAAAGUCAGAUAUGCCUUCGAGAAGGAGCAGCUUGUCUAUGUCCAUCCGAUAUGGCGGCCACUCAGUGAGUGUCUAUUAGACGAUUCAUGUGAGAUAUCCAGCACGUUGUCCAAGUCACCCGUGUUUCCGGUUCCAGAAGAUUGGGACGCUAGCAAGUCUGAGCUUGCGUCUCUAAGAGAAUUCUACACCCAAACGCUGAAGCUUGAAAAGGCCAGCUACCGGACCAUUGUAGACGUGUUGGAAAAGCGUGACUUCGAUGCAGUCCUCGACCCAGCGGAUCUUUGGUUGACGGACGAACUUUAUCGCGCUUUGGACAAGAUGAGAAUGGAUCUUUCACCCAAUGAUGCUGCUGAUCUAAAAAUAGCAUUUAUCGAAAAGUCCAUCAUCGCCGUGGCUCCUGGAGAAACUGUGACAUGGCUCAACGCAACCGAUGUCUCUUGGUGCCCCAAGCUCGACAGCCCCGAAGUCAACGAUCUCAGCAAGCACUACUCUGAGCUCCAUGAGUUCUUUGUCGACUUCCUCGACAUAAAACAAAACGACUCGGGUCUCAUUUUUGACACAUUAAUGCAAGUCUCUUCAUUAAGUCCAGACUGCUCACGUGACGACACCGCAAGAGGUCUUUUGGUCGCCGUCAGUCAAAGGAUACCAGAAUACGGACAUGUUUUCGAUAAGGAGAGAUUUAUGCAGAGUAAUGUUUUCCCUGUGUCGACAUCGGAUGGAGUUUUGCUUUGUGCCCCCAGUAUGGAGUUUGUAAUUGCAGAUCGACAAAAUUUGAAAGAGGCGUUUGAAGGAAGGUUGAAUUUGUUGGAUUUUGAUCCAAAGACUGUUUGGAUGUUGGAUAAUUUGUUGGUUUGGGCUGGCCUUGAUCAGCGGUACUUGUCCCGUCACGUUGUGGAUCAGGGGCCAGAGGACGAGAACUUCAAGUCCAUCGAGCUACCCGAUGAACUCUCGGCUAAGGCUGAUCACAUUUUACGUAUUGCUGUCCACUUCAAAAGUCCUAGAACGACUACACCAAAAGCAACAUCUUGGCUUCGCGAAACUCUCGAUCACUGCGAAGUCCGACUCGCAUCCAGUUUCCAAUCACAACUCGUAUACCGCUCCGGCAGCGCUGAAAUUAUUGCUGUCAAUCCUAUGGGCGGUCUCGACAUCAAGGAUACAGUUGGUCUUACUGUCUACUCGGACGAUGAGAAUUGGGAAAUUUUCAAACAGACAUUACUCCCACGCCGACUGCUUGAAUGGAUAAUGACGGACCCCGAGACAAAUGUUGUGCAAGAUGUGCCUGAACAGGCGGUGAGCUUGAUGAGAAGUAUCAUCAAUGUUACAAAUGCUCGCGAGCAUGUGAUAUCGAGAAUUCUCGAUGCCGAGGGGAUAGUCGAUUUGGAGCUGUUACAGGCAUCGCCGUAUUGGCGGGUAAAUAGUGAACGACAACCAGAUGCGACAAUCACGACAUCCAAAGCAGACCAGUUUGCGGCAGCCAAGAUCAUCGACGACUCAGAUUCCACCCCCGCUCCAGCAUACAGCCAAGCCGGCCCCUCAUACAGCAGAGACGAACAACCCGCCUACAGCAAGGGCGAACCAUCAUACACUCAAACAGAACGAGCCUACUCGAACGCCGAGCCACCUUACAGCAAGGAAGACCCCGCAAAGCGAUCACCGCCGCCGCCACGGCCAUCAAAACCAGAUUCGCUGCGGGAUAGACUUCCAGUGUCGAAACGGGGCUUGCAGAGACGGGUUUCGGAAAAACAGGAUUGGGAAGGGGAUUUUGUAGCGAACGAAGCUACCUUGGUUGAUUUUACUGGAGAAGAUGCAUAUGGCAUAGAUUGA